CGCUACCGAGACGACAAAGAUGGAUGGGGGUAGCACCAAUCGCAAGACGAGAGUAACAGGAAAUGCUGCGGAAUUGGACAAAUUGAAGAUUUGUGACUGUCAACUUUUGCUUUCUCUGUUAAAUAUCAUGAAAAUUAGACGGAAAAUCACAACCAAAGGAGAAUUAUUCACUUUUACAAGACUUAUUUUAUCUUAUUAUAGAUUAUUUUACAUUAUUUUAAAUUCACAAUUCUUCGUCACACUAAAUGUCAUGAAAAACAAAGACGCAAUUAUCGCAAACAUUAAAAGCACGUGUAGCAAGGAAGUUUUUAAGGUUGCUUUUUUAAAAUAAAAACGGUAUGACGAAAAUAAAGAAAUUAAAACGCAGGAAGCGUUUCAGAGCGAAUGUUAAUCGAAAAAGACUAAGGAACAAGUUGAACAAACUUCCAAAUAUUGAGUGCAAACAAAUUAAAGAAUCAUGGGAAGCAACGAGAUCAACGAUAAAAAAUUUGACACAAAUGGGCUUAGCAUAUGAUCCUAAUGAUGUAUUAAAGGUGCCCAGUUUAAAACAAACAUUUUUAGAAACUGUAAAAAAUAGUCAACAAGAUGAAAGUGAAACCGAAAAUGUAGAGGAAAAUGUUCCUAAUAAACUAUAUGUUGCACAAAGUUUAGAGAAAGAAGCCAGACAUCCUAGAGCGAAACUUUUUCGAUUACCUAAUAAUGAAGUGCAAUUUGCUACUUAUAUGAUGGAUAAGUAUGGGGAUGAUUAUAAGGCAAUGGUUAGAGAUCGUAAAAACUAUAAUCAACUCACUUGGCGUCAAAUCAAAGCCAAAAUUAACAGAUUGAAAAGUAUUCCAGAACAGUAUGCUGAAUAUUUGGUAAAAACGGGAGAAAUAGUGUUGAGUGAUCCAACACCAUUAAAGAAUCCAAAAAAAUUGAAACCGCUUGUUCUACAAGAACCAGUAGAAAAGAAAAAUGGUACGAGACUGUCAAGAAGAAAAAGACAGAAGAAUAAAAAUCUGUUUCAGACAGUUUGGCAAGAGGAAUCAAUUCUUGAAGAUGGUUCAAAUAAUGAAAUUAUUAUAGAUCAAACUGUUAGUGAUAAUAAAGAAGAUUCAAAUAAAAAACUUAGCAGUGAUAAAAAAUUAUAUCUUUUUCCUGAUGAUGAUGAUAAUGAUAAAACCAAUGGUGACUUAUUAAAGAGUUCUGGUGAGAGUGAGAAUGAGGAGGAAAGUGAAAAAAAACUACGAAUUACAAGAAAGAAAUAUAGCAAAUCUAAUAAAAUAGGAAAAUGAGGCAGUGUUAACAUGUAAAAUAGACUGUUUUGUAAUGAUAAUUUAAUUAUAUUUCUUAAAAAAUAUAACAUGUUUUGUAAAAAAUAUCAUUAUAUAUCAUUUUGAUUAAAUAAUAAUAUUUACAAUUUCACCUUUGCU